AUGAUUUCAAGAUCAAUUAUAAGAAACUCCAGAAAUUUACUCAAGUCAAACUCCAUUGUCAGGCUGUCGAUACCGGCACUUUCACACUUGACACCAUCAAUCACUAGCACUACUGCUACUACUACUACUACUGCUGCUUCUACCGCCACCAGCGCUAUACCCUCCACCAACACUAUAUUCAAGAGAUCGUACCAUGAAAAAGUCAUUGACCAUUACGAAAACCCAAGAAACGUUGGUACUUUGAACAAGAAUGACAAUGACGUGGGUACCGGUUUAGUUGGUGCUCCAGCCUGUGGUGAUGUCAUGAGAUUACAAAUCAAGGUUGAUGAAAAGACUGGUAAAAUUGAAGAUGUCAAGUUUAAGACUUUUGGCUGUGGUUCAGCAAUUGCCAGUAGUUCAUAUGCCACAGAAUUAGUCAAGGGCAAAACUUUGGACGAAGCAUUGGCCAUCAAAAACACGUUUAUUGCUCAAGAAUUGUCUUUGCCACCAGUCAAGUUGCAUUGCUCUAUGUUGGCUGAAGAUGCCAUCAAAUCGGCUGUCAAGGACUACAGAUCAAAGAGAUUGGUGAAGAAGCCAACUUUGGGUCCAGAAGCCACUACUGCUGAACCUGCCACUGCCACUGCUUAA